AUGGCCGCCGCGCCAUAUCAAAUGUCACAGAUGCCCACUUGCCCUGCGCACUGUCCUGGCAAGCUGCCUCCCUCCACCCAGCCCGUCAGUUCCGCCUCCGGCGGGGAUAUUGAGCGGCCCGCGGGGCUGGGGCAGCGGCGGCUCCUGACACCGGGGGAGCGGUCACUGAGGGAGCGGGAGGCCGGGGAUGAGCGGGAGGCCGCCGGCCCGGACUCCAGCAGCGCAGCAGCCGGACAGCCAACGCCGCGGGCAGCAUGGCCGACAAGGAGCACGGACACAUCGAGCCCGCCUGGUGGCUGCAGGAUGGUGAGAGGAGGCGAGGAGAUGCGAUGUGGUCACUCGCUGCUGGACCGCUGGGACACGGCCAGGGACCUGCCGACGAACGUUGAUCUGGUUUUAUUUCCCCCUAACAUUUACUUUUCCUUUGCAGAAGGUCAUUUCCUGCUGCCGCUGAACCGUAAAGUAAUUUAUCAACACAGACAGAGGGACAAUGCACCAGUGACUGCUCAGCCGGUGUUGCCGCAUUGUGAGGAGCGUGUGGACGGGGUGCGGGAAUGCGGGGACGUGGGUGCAAACAUGAACUGCGAGGCUGCCGUCCCCCCUCAGCACGUUGCUGUGGAGAGCAAGCUACCGAGCGGAGCCGCUGGCAACGUGCCCGGCCUGAGAGUGGCUGCCAAAGUCAGCAGAGUGAAGCCGGAGCGCGAGGCAGGGAGCGCGGUGGCCACCGACAGGUCACCGUCUGAGGAUGAAUGGGACAUGUCCAGUUCCUUUGUGUCAAAAGCUGCCAACCAGAUCAAACGGAAACUGAACAUCAAACCCAAAGCUGAGAGGAAGGAGAUUGAGAAGAAGAAAGCUGAGAAGAAACCGGAGCAUCCUGUGGACUCAACGGCAUUGAAUGACAAGAUCCUGGAAUUGGCAGUACAGGGUAACAGUAUGGCGAACACGGGUCGCUAUGAAGAAGCAGUGGCUUUAUUCACAGAAGCAAUUAAACACGAUCCCAAGGAAUACAGGCUGUUUGGGAACCGCUCCUACUGCUACGAGAGGCUGCAGCAGUACAGCCGGGCCCUGAGUGACGCUCACACUGCACUCACCCUCAACCCAUCCUGGCCCAAGGGCUACUUCAGGAAAGCCAGGGCACUGGCUGGGGUUAAGAAAUACGCGGAGGCCAUCGAGGCGUUUCAGCAGGUGCUGGAGAUCGAUGACUCCUGUGAGGAUGCUGAGUUUGAGCUGCUGCAGAUCCAGACCAAGCUCAUGAUGGAGCGAGGUUUCACACAGCAGCAGUGUGAGGAAACGCUGAAGUUGUGCGGAAGCCAGGAGCGCGCGCUGGAGGCGUUAUCUUCAUCAGCACAGAAAGCUGGAAGCAACCAUGUCGGCUCCAGCGCCUGCCUGUCUGACGGAGACGACAAGGACUUUGUUCGGGUGAAAAAACACUCAACGCAGAACAAACACAAAGACAAAGCCCCCGUGCCGCUGCCGGCACAACAACCCUGCAAACUCUUCCCCAUCUGGAUUGGGAAUGUAACCACUCGAAUCAGCGAAGACUCACUGCGUGUAAUGUUUGAAAGUGUGGGAGCCAUCCACAGCGUGAAAAUGCUUCAAGAUCGCUUCUGUGCCUUCAUCAACUUCACCACCAAGGAGGGAGCUGAGCGAGCUAUCGCAGAGCUACAGGGUAUGGAGCUGGAGGGAACCAAGCUGGUGAUCAGAUACCCAGACAACAGCUACAGAACCCUGGGGGGGGCUACCCGGGGGGGAAGUGCCCACUAGGCACGGCUCUGCACCACUGACUGCCCCCUUCCACCGUUCCCCCUCCCCCCCCCCUCUCUCAGUGGGAGGGGGGCGGGUGGGAGCCGGGGGGGGGGAGAUCGGCAUCGCACCAUGGGAAUGUUCCGUAACGCCGAGCGACGGUGAGGGGCUUCGAGUUGGAUCAAGGAUCGACAAGGAGGGGGAGGGGAGCUCUCUGCGUCUCCACUUCCUGCCCCCCUCAUGGACCGAGGGGCCGUGGGGAGAGGAGCCUAGACCAGAGACCACCCCCACCCCCCCCCCAUUGGAGCUUCCCACCACUUCCCAUCCCGGUCGGCAGGGAGAGGUGGGGCCGAAGGGCCUGUUUCUGUGCUGUUCACUCGAUGACUGUAGUAACUUCACAUUCCGGUGGGGAGGGGGGGCGGGGGGGGCGUGGA